CAUUUAGAGUCGAAAAUUUUGAUUGUGAAACAUGAUUAUUGAGGAUAUAUUGUGUUAUAUAAACUGCGAUAUUUUUUUCCUCUCUUUUCUGUGUAAAAUGCACAGGGAACGACGGAUAAAAUGAUUGAAAUGUCCUUGACGUCAUCGACUGGGCUGAUCAAUUAUAGAAAAUCUGUAAGAUAAGCCAUCCAUGAAUAUUUUAUUGACGAAAGCUAGUUACAGGGGUAUAUAAAAGUAGCCAGCUAAGUAAAGAAUAUUAUAAUUAGUAUUCCUAAAUUAAUUAAUAUUACAACGAAUUUUUACUUAUCUGGCGUGACGUCAUUAGGGAUGCAUGAUUAUUACAAUGUAUAAUUCUGUGGUUGUUGCACGUUUCACGUUACGAAAAUUUCACACGCGAUUUUAACAUUGACCUUAUAUUUUUCAUUUUAAAGAAUUUCACGUAUUAUUAUAGUGUUUUCUCGAGGUUAAACGUUACGUUUUAUCCCUACCGUGACGUCAUAAGCGAACGUUCCGCGUGUUGUCUUAGCAGACGAAAUUAUUUUUCUUUUUCUCCGCCAUCUUUACGUGUCAUCCAGAUUAGAAGAUGAACAGCCUUAUUAUGUCAGCUGCCCAGAUCCUAUUUUCAUUCGGAAGUUAUAACUGAACGUUUAUCAGGUUAUGGAUGAAGAAGAGAAAGUAGAAGUACCCAAGUAUUUACGAAACAUUCCACCAAAUACCAUUAAUCAUCCUAUAGACAGGAAUAUCGCUUGGAGUUUUGUGUUAUCCGUCAUAUUCGUGGCUGUGGCUAUUGUCACUGGUUUUCCUAUCGUUGGUUUAAUGAUUGUACUCUUACCACUAGCAGUUAUAGCUAGGCAAACUACGUUCAAGUUGUGCACUUGUAAGAAAGGUACGUGUAACGGUCAGAAAUUAAAGCUUGUCUCUCCUGCCGAUACAUUCUGGUUACACGAUUCAGACUUUAAUCGGUAUAUUGGACACUGCUUAUUCUUUUUCGAUUCAGAGUUGACAGUUUCUAGGAUGAGGGAUAUCGUUCUGGUUCGUGUUUUAAACAGAAGAAAGGAUGACGGACAGAAAGCAUUUCCGCGUUUUACUCAAAGGAUCUUAAGACUUUCGGCAGGCUACUGUUGGUGUGAGGAUAAUGAUUUCAAUGUUGAGAAUCAUAUCUAUGAAGAUGACGUUAAGGUACGCACAAAAAAGCAAUUGAGAAUACGUCUGAGUCAGCUGAUGAUGGAACCUUUGCCAUCUCAUCGUCCAUUAUGGGAAAUCAGACUGGUGAGGGAUUAUGGUGGAAAUUCCGAUACGGUAUUGAUCGUUAGAGUGCAUCAGGCAGUUAGUGAUGGAAUUUCGUUGAUUAAAAUUCUCACCAAUUGUCUGUCGGAUACGCAACAGCCUAUCAGGAUGAAACCAAGAUUCGGUGGAACUACAUUUCCUCUUAAUGUAUUUAGAGCGCUUGUCGUGGGUCCAUUGACUUUUAUAAUGUGGUUAAUUUUUACCAAGAGGGACUAUAAUUUUUUCUCUCGUGGAGAGCCUUGUUCUAAACGUCGCGUCGUUGCCUGGUCUAGGGAUAUCCGCCUUUCGAAAGUAUUACGAAUUAAACAAGUUACUAGAAGUUGCCUGAAUGAUAUACUCCUGACAGCCACAACCGGUGCAGUCAGGGAGUAUUGCAGGAAACAUGGGCCUUGCAACCCACCAGAUGUGACUGUAAGCUUGCCAGUCGAUCUGAGUUACGAACCUUCAGCUGUAGAGUCUAUACCAGAGAUGGGAAAUAAAAUUGCUAUAGUAAAUACCUGUUUACCUACAAACAAAGAAGGUGUCAUACCACGCUUAUGGGAAGUACGUCAUUAUAUGGAAGAACUAAAAACGUCUGCUGAUCCUGUUGUUAUGUAUGGGGCUAUAUAUUUUCUCAUAAAGUUAUUACCGCACGUUUUAUCCCAUUGGUUACUAGGUCUUAUAAGUAGGAAAGCUACUGUUAACUAUUGUAAUUUGCCCGGUCCUAGUGAGUUUAUCGUUUUAGGAUCAAGAAAAUUAAAGAAAUUCUAUUACUGGAUGGCUUGUAAUCCUAAUGUACCAGUUUCAUUUUCAUUAUUAACUUAUGGUGGAAAUUUAACUGUUGCUGUGUCUGCUGAUCAAACUAUCGUCACCACGCCCAAGGACCUUAUUAAGAAUUUCAUCGCUGAGAUCAAUAAAUUGGCUCAUUUACUAGCAAAAAGGAGAAUACCAGGUGAACAACGUAGAAGGAGCAGCUAUACAUCAGAAAGGAGGCAAGAAGAGAUUAUAAAACCCCCCAUGCAACAAUUACAGCAAAAACUACAUUUGGUACAAGAGGAGCUUCACGAAGUGGGACAGAAAUUCGAAAUGCUCAAUCGCUUAGAUAGCAGCGUGAUAAUUGAAUAUAAAGGGGUGCCAAUAUCUCGUUCUGCCCUCUAUUGGAAAUUAGAAGAAUUAAAAGAAGAAUUUUCUGAAUUAUUGGCAGAAAUGAGAAGAAGAAAAUCUCUAGCUGAUGGAAUUAUUAUUAACAUAGAAGAUGAAGAUUUGGACGGGGAAGUUAGAAGGCCAAGAAGAAGGGCCUUAUCUACAUCUGGAAGGAGAGCAAGUUUCUCUACAAUAGCAUCAACAGUAUCGACAGCUAGACCAUUAACCACUCCUACCAUGACUCAUCACAGUUCAUUUCUGUCACCAUCCCGACUAGAUAUUAAUUAUUCACCAAAUAAUCAACACAGAAAUGCACAGGGAAGAAUGGCACGAAGAGCUUCUGAAAAUCUGAAUAGAGAAAGAAUAUAUUGAUUUACGUAUAAAUUCGAAUACAUUGCAGGUUUUAUUGUAAGUAAACGUUUUAAAAAAGCAAAGCGAAAUUGUUUUAAAUAAUUAUGCAUUAAAUAAUUGCUAUAAUUAUCAUCAUUUCGAAUAUUCUUAUGCCAAUGUAUUUAUUUGGCAAGUCAUUGUAAUUUAUUAUACUGUAAAAUAUCGUGUAUAAGAUUCGUUGGAGAGUAUCAAUUCCGAAUUGAUCACCUUCCUAUCGUUAUUUUAAUUAAUAGUUGAAUUGUUAAUCUUUACCUGUAUAUAUACAGUAAAUAUAGUUGUACGUAUUUUAUUCUUUUUCUAUUAGGUAGCAAAGUAAUUUAGUAUAAAAGUAAUUGGGUUGGAAAUUCAUUAUGCAUAUUUAUUAAUUUUGGAAUAAAAAAAAUAUUUAUGAAUUUUUAGUGUUUUCUGUAAAUUGAAAAUAUAGACUAAUCUGUACAAAUGUAUACAAGUAAUUUUGAUUUACUGCACACACAAUGGUAAACUAAUAAAAUAUUGAAUUUAUUGCACCU